UGGCUUCAAUAGCUAAGCUCAAAACAGUUCACAAAACAUUUCAAGUGUUGAGUUCGCAAUCUCAAAUUGCGAUAUUAUUAUUUUGAUUUACGAUUGUGUUACAGGUGAUGAAGUCAAGAUGGAUGGUAGUAAGAUGCAGGCAGUUUUGCUCCAGCUCCCUCUGAUUGAAAAUGAGAGGGAGAGAUUGAACACCUACUUGGAUAAAAUAAUUGAAAGAACAAAAAGGCUCAGCGCCAACCCAGCAGCAGCGAGAAGCCUGAAGCGCGAAAAUGCUGAGCUGCUAUGCCAGCUCACAGAAUGGGCUGACUUGCUCGAGGAUCAUAUAGCCUCGCAUCAGUCGCCGUCACCCGCCGACGCGCCGCCGGGUCCCCCGAGCGUCGCCCCCAGUCAGUCGAGGACGGCCCGCUCGACAACUGACCUGAAUGCCACGCUGGAGUCUGCCGUAUCGUUCCACACGGCGGCGGCAGGCGGCGGCUCGGUGGCGGCUGGCGGCGGCUCGAUGGGACCGGGCGGCGGCUCGGUGGCGGCUGCGGGCGGCUCAGUGGGGCCGGGCGGCGGCUCGGUGGCGGCUGGCGGCGGCUCAGUGGGGCCGGGCGGCGGCUCGGUGGGACCGGGCGGCGGCUCAGUGCGACCGCAGUCCCCUGUCAGUCGCGGCAGCACCACCGAGAGGCCCCAGCGCACUCCCGAUCCGCACAGUGAUUGCACGCGGACUGCGACUCUGGAGACGCCGUCACCGCCGCCGCCGCACAAGACCUGCCCCUCCAAGAUCUCCAACAGUGAGGUGUCCUCAAUUAUCAAUCGCCACCUGCUCAAGAAAAGUUUCGGACCUGAAAGUCCGAAAGAAGUGGUGCAAAGGCCGCCGCCGCUGGGUGUCGAGACCAGGGUUGUGUUUUCAUUUCACGACGAGGACACCGGUUACACCUACCUGAACCUGUGGGAGGAUACGGACUCGCUGGCCAAGCUGGCAGGGGAUCUGACGGAGCUGGCGCUCCACCCGGCGCGGAUGUCGCGUCUCCCCAAGCAGGGAGAGCUGGUGAUCGCCGCCUGGAAGGGCGCCUGGUACCGCGCCAGGGUGACGGACGUGUUUGACAAGGGCGACAUGAACUCGAUGGUGGCUCUGCAGUACAUCGACUACGGUAACAGCGAGCACCAGCCGGUGGGACAGCUCCGCUUCCUGCCUGACAAGAUGAAGGAGGCGCCCGCCGCCGCCUACAAAUGCAAACUGGUCAACCUGAAGGUGGGCGGCGAGUCGCACUGGCCACUCCAGCGGCGCCUGCUGCUGGCGCUGGCCGACGGACCCGAGUGUCGUCUGAGGGCCGUGCUGCGGCGCUCGCAGCUGCCAGACCUGUACGAGGCGACCCUGAUCUCGGGCGUCACGGUCGGUUCCGAGCCCAUGCAGGUGGACGUGGUGGCUACCCUGAAUGCGGCGCUUCUGAUCAACCCAGCCGCCGCUGCCACACAGAUCGAGUCGGAGGAGCUGCAGCUGCGGCCGCUGCUGGUCCCCUACCGGCGGCCUGCCGAGCUGUCCCCUCCGGUGUCGGUCAAACCCGAACAGCCGCCGGAGGAGAAGGUACUCAGCUGGCUGGCCGGCCAGACGGCCAGCGGAGCACGCGCUGAUCGCCCAACACCCACCAGCCGGCCGGCGACGGCGCGCGCCAGCCGAGACACGGCGGAGCUGAACAUCAGUUUCGCGUCCUCGGAGAGCCGGCCGUCGCGCCGCCACCGUGUGCGCGCGCCGCCCGAGUACAGUGGGCUGCAACUGGUGUGGACAGCGCGUCCCAUCGAACAGCAGCUGGUGGGCGACGGGCCGCACAACGUGAUCGUCAUGCAGUUCAAUAACCCGGCCGACUUCUACCUGGGCGUCCGCUCGGAGCAGUUCGAUGAGUUCGAGGAGCGGCUGUUCUCCGUGUACAGUCGGCUGCCGCUGCACCCGGAACAGGCGGUGCGCGACGCGCUACUGCCCGGCUCCUACUGGGUGGCGCGCUGGGAGAGACCGGGCGAGAAGACGCGCUGGUGCCGCUGCGUCGUACUGGAGGAGCGCAACCAGAAAGGCGGAAAGGAGCCUGCCUCGGCCAGCUACCCGGUGCUGUGGGUGGACUAUGGCGACACGGACCGCCUGCCGGCCGUCAGGUUCCGGCCGAUGACUGAGGAGUUCGCCGCCGAGCCGGUGUUUGCCGUCCACGCCCGCUGCGCCGGGGUGUACCCGGUGGACGAGCUGGGAGCCCAGCUGGACUCGUACUCGGCUGAGGCAGCCACCACGUUCCGUGAACUGCUCCAGGGGACAGUGUGUUUGGCGGUGCCGGUACCCAGCGAGAGCACUACCGGGUGCCAGGCAGUGCUGCUGGAGGCAAUCAUAGAUGGCUCGGACGACCUGAUGUCGGUGACGCAGGCUCUUCUGGAGCUGGGAGUGGCGGCCAUGCGUGAUCCGGAGCUGGACCCGUCCUUCGCUGAGAUUGAGGAGCAGCUGGCGAACGGACACACGACGACCGUACCCUCGGCGACGGCCAGUCAGGAGAUCGCUAAGUGGGACCCGAUGGGUGAGGACUUCACGUCCCCCUUCAACCGUCCGGAGGAGGACGGAGAGGCGGAGGUGGCCGGCCUGACGGGACGCCGGGACCCCGAUGACCCGGGCGUGUGUCCCGUGUACGCGUCCGGCCGCCGCUGCUGGGACGGCAUCGCCUGCCCCAAACGACACGUUCGAGGCGGUGACCAGGAGCCGGUGACCGUCCUCAUUCACUCGGCCAAUCCGGAGCCAGUGGUGGUGCCGCGGAUCGGCUCCACCGUCUACGUCAAGGUGUCGGCCGUGCUGAGCCCGGACAAGUUCUACGUGCAGCUGCCGUUCGGCGCCAUACCCGCCCAGGAGGUCAACAGCGACCACGCCGGGUACCGACGCCGACUGGACAUGGACGAAACACUGGAGUCGCUGUCGGCGGCGAUGGCAGCGGCGUACCGGAGUUGCGGCCGGCGCCACUACAGUGCCGCCUGCCGGCCGGCGAUCGGCGAGGUGCUGGUGGCGCCGUUCCAGGGCGGCUGGCAGCGAGCCAUGGUCGUGGACCUGGCCGAUGAACCCGAGACGGACCGGCUCUCUGUGGAGGUGUUUCUGGUGGACCACGGUGUGACGAUGGCCUGUGACGCCAGCGAACUGAGGGAGAUGAAACAGGAGUUCAACCUGCUGCCGUACCAGGCGGUGUCGUGCUGGUUGAGCUGUGUGGCUCCGGCCAGCGGUAGCCACUGGUCUCCAAAGGCCAUCAGUCGGUUCGUCAAUCUGGUGAGUCGGCCCUGUCUGCUGGGCGCAGUGACGGGUCGCCGGCCGGACGGACAGCUCGAGCUCGACCUGUACGACGAACACCGCCACCUGAGCGAGAUUUUAGUCCGCGAGAGACUGGCCGUACGCGUCCAGCGCGCUCCCCAGCCGGUCGGUAGAAAGCUGCUGCCGGUGUAGGCAGACCCCGGCCGAGUCGGCACUGCCGCUAGGCCCGUACAGGGGGACGUGAUAAUGGCUGUAAGAUAGGUGAGAGACGCGUGAGAGAGGUCAAAAAGACGCGUGAGAGAGGUGAGAGGCAGUGUGAGACGUGCAGGGUGUUGAUAUUAGGACGUAGGAGCUGGGCCUGCCCGUUUUCGUGAUAACUGCCUUUGCCACUUGAUAUUACAGUGCCUUAGUGAAGAAGUAAGCGUCACCCUAGUCUGAAGGUGAGUUCAGUGCUCUUGCAGUACCGUGAUAACGAUAUAGACGCUCCCCAGCGCAGGCGUCAGCGCGUUGUCGGCAGGCUGUUUGCCAGCUCCUUUACUCAAGGACCAAGUGUGUGUUUCCAGUGAGGAGUCGCAUCUCCCUGCGGAGCUCUGAGUUCCCUUUCCACUGAAUAUCAUGUUGUGUACAUUAUGAGGUUACGUCAUAAGCACAGAGUUUUCAUUUUUAUAUGAAAUACACGUUUACCUUUACAAAUA